AACCGGUUUCUAUUCUUCCCGGCGCUCGCGAAUGACAGGAAAAGGCAAAAAGGGGGAAGUGCGGAGCAAGUUUACCUCUAAGUGGAUUUCAUCCUGAAACUAUACAGCUGCUUUUCAUCCCUCUCUGUUUCUUUCACUCCUUAUCUCGCUCUUCCUCGGAGGUUUAGCUGCGCGCGGGCCAGUCUGAAUGUUUCCGUGUGUUUGACUGAGAAGUGUUGUCCUACCAAGACGAGGUGAAUGUACAGCAUCAUGAUGGAAACGGACUUACAUUCCCCCGUGGUGCCCCAGACCAACCCAUCCAACCCGGGGGGACACGCGGGAGGAGGAGGCGGGGGAGCCGGUGGCAAAGUCCCCCAGGACAGAAUUAAGAGACCCAUGAACGCCUUCAUGGUCUGGUCCCGGGGCCAGCGGAGGAAAAUGGCACAGGAGAACCCCAAGAUGCAUAACUCGGAGAUCAGCAAGCGGCUGGGCGCAGAGUGGAAGGUGAUGACCGAGGCGGAGAAGAGACCAUUCAUCGAUGAGGCGAAGCGGCUCCGGGCCAUGCACAUGAAGGAGCACCCGGACUACAAGUACCGGCCGCGGAGGAAGACCAAGACGCUUCUGAAGAAGGACAAGUACUCGCUGGCCGGCGGGCUCCUCGGCUCCUCUGCGGGUGUAGGGAUGGGCGGCGGGCAGCGGCUGGAGAGCCCCGGAGGGUGCCACGCAGGAGCAAACGCGGGCUACGCCACGCACGUGAACGGCUGGGCAAACGGCACAUACUCGGGCCAGGUGGCGGCUGCAGCGGCUGCGGCACACGCCAUGAUGCAGGAGGCUCAGCUGGCAUACACGCAACACCCGGGCACCGGAGCUCACCCGCACCACCCGCAUCCGCACCAUCACCCGCAUCACCACCCGCACAACCCGCAGCCAGUGCACAGGUACGACAUGAGCGCCUUAUCUUACAGCCCCAUCUCAAACUCUCAGAGCUACAUGAGCGCCUCUCCACCGGGCUACGGCGGGAUCACCGGCUACACUCACCAGCACCAAAGCUCCGGUGUCUCCCCGGUGUCCGGAACGAUCGGAGGGACUUUGGGGUCCCUUGUGAAAUCUGAGCCUAGCGUGAGCCCCCCGGUUUCCACCGGGCGCGCACCGCAGCCGUGCCCUACGGGGGACCUGCGGGACAUGAUCAGCAUGUAUCUGCCGACCGGCGAGGUGGCGGGGGACUCCUCCGUUCACAGCAGACUGCACGUGCUCCACCCGCAGCACUACCAAAGCAGCGGCUCCACUCCGGUAAACGGGACGGUUCCUCUGACUCAUAUUUAAAUCUCUAAAUGUACUAUAAGCACUACAAACCACAACCAAAUAUUUAAAAACCUAGAUGUGGGCGCAGGCUGCUGGUGAAUUGUAAAUUAUAGGCGGUUAUAGCCAUAAAAAUGCAAUCACUUUGAACAAACUUUUUUUAUUGUUAUUUUCUUUCAGUGAUGGAUUUCUGUCUGUCCGAGCUAAAGGAAAGCGCAUCCGAUUUACUUUUGCUCUCUGGUACAGAGCAUGCCAAGUUUUGACACGAUUUAAAUUAUAAUCCGUGAAGGCUGGUGCAUUUUGAAGGUUAUUUUUUCCGACUUUUUCUGUGGAAUUAAAAAGGCACCAGCUGUGUGUUUGAGGGACCCUGAAAAUCUGUUUAAAGAGGGAACCGUAUAAUAAAUGGAGGGCGGUGUGGAAGAUGUGUUUAAAAAAGUUUCUAGGCUGCAAUUUAAAUUGAUUUCCAGUUUUAAUGCUU